GUGAACUUACAAAGUAUAAGAAAUACAGUGCAACAAAAUGAAACAUAUCUUUGUGUUAUAUUUUUGCUUAUCUUUGUUCUUUUGUAAUAUUCAAAAUGCCUUACUUUUAGAACAACGCAUCAUCGGUGGUAAAAUUGCUCGAGCAGGACAAUUUCCAUUUUCAGCAGCGAUUUACAAAACCACACCAGAUGGUAAUUAUUUUUGUGGGGGAGCUCUUUACACCACUCAGUGGAUUAUAACAGCUGGACAAUGUGUCGACGGUGCUACUUUAUUUACAAUUUAUUUAGGAGCAAUCAAUCUGCAAACUCCGGGAUCCGGAAGUGUUAGACUAGCAACAGAGGAGUAUGUCCUUCAUCCAGAAUAUAACCCUCUAACUUUGGAAAAUGACAUUGGUUUAAUCAAACUUCGCAUGCCAGUGGAAAGAACCGCUUACGUUCAACCGAUGACGCUUUUAUCCUUAAACAAUGUGCCGGCAGGUGCAAAUUCUCUUCAGGCAAUGGGGUGGGGACAAACUACUGAUGAAAACUCUGGACUCUCAGAUGACCUAAACUGGGUAACACUUACAACAAUUUCAAACCAAGAAUGCAAAAUAACAUAUGGAAAUCAAAUAACAGAUAAUAUGCUUUGUGUAGUCGGAAAUUUCAACGAAGGCGCAUGUACAGGUGAUACUGGAAGUCCUGUAAUGCGAUGGGUUCGAAGCGUUUGGUCUGAACAUCUUGGCAUUGCCAGUUUUGUCAGUGCUAAUGGUUGCGAGAGUACCGAUCCAUCUGGUUACACGAGAACAUAUCCUUACGUCAGUUGGAUUACAAAUGUAACUAGUAACUAGCAAUAAUGCAUUCAAUAUACGAACAUGUGAAAUUUG